CCACUCCGCGGGCCGCCGGCCUCCGCCCCGGCCUGCCCGGCCCUCCGGGCGCGCCCGCGACCGGCGCCUCCGCUCUGCUAGUCCUCCCGAUUGCGAUGGCUUUCCUGAAUGGCUGACUGUGGGCUGCCCUGGACUUGGCCCCCGGACAGUCGCCUGUCCUCCUUUUCCUCCUGCUGCUCCGACUCUCCGGCACCGCAGCUCUGAGAGCGACAGCGUGAGCGAGAGAGGGAGGGAGCGAGUGAGAGCGAGCGAGGUCUUCGGAGAGAUUUUUUUUUUUUUCCUCCUACUUCUGUCUUGAAGCCAGACAAUCGACUUGCAGCUCUCCCUCCCCUCCCUCUCUCUCCACGUUCUGCUCCCACUCGCUCUCCCCCGGCCCCGUCCCCUCCCCUCCCGGCGGAAAGCCCCCCGAAACCAACCAAGCUGAGCCGAGGGACACAAACAAAACAAACACACCGGGCCAGACAAGCCAUCGACAAAACUUUGCAAAAGCAGAAACAAAAAAGGAAAAACUAACCAACCUCAACCAACCAGCCCCCCCUCCGAGCCCCUGGGGCGCCCUCCCGCGCCCUCCCGCACCCGCGCGCACACAAAAGGCGGCGCGCCGGAGCCCGCGACCCGGGAGCAGGAAGUCCGGACGCGGCCCCCAUAGAUAUGGCAAUGGUAGUCAGCACGUGGCGCGACCCCCAGGACGAGGUGCCCGGCUCGCAGGGCAGCCAGGCCUCGCAGGCGCCGCCCGUGCCGGGCCCGCCGCCCGGCGCCCCGCACACGCCACAGACGCCGGGCCAAGGGGGCCCGGCCAGCACGCCGGCCCAGACGGCGGCCGGCGGCCAGGGCGGCCCUGGCGGCCCGGGCGGCGACAAACAGCAACAGCAGCAGCAUAUCGAGUGUGUGGUGUGCGGGGACAAGUCGAGCGGCAAGCACUAUGGCCAGUUCACGUGCGAGGGCUGCAAGAGCUUCUUCAAGCGCAGCGUGCGGAGGAACCUGAGCUACACGUGCCGCGCCAACCGGAACUGUCCCAUCGACCAGCACCACCGCAACCAGUGCCAGUACUGCCGCCUCAAAAAGUGCCUCAAAGUGGGCAUGAGACGGGAAGCGGUACAGAGAGGCAGGAUGCCGCCCACCCAGCCGACCCACGGGCAGUUUGCGCUGACCAACGGGGACCCCCUCAACUGCCACUCGUACCUGUCCGGAUAUAUUUCCCUGUUGCUGCGCGCCGAGCCCUACCCCACGUCGCGCUUCGGCAGCCAGUGCAUGCAGCCGAACAACAUCAUGGGCAUCGAGAACAUUUGCGAACUGGCCGCGCGGAUGCUGUUCAGCGCCGUCGAGUGGGCCCGCAACAUCCCCUUCUUCCCUGACCUGCAGAUCACCGACCAGGUGGCCCUGCUUCGCCUCACCUGGAGCGAGCUGUUCGUGCUGAACGCAGCGCAGUGCUCCAUGCCCCUCCACGUCGCCCCGCUCCUGGCCGCCGCCGGCCUACACGCCUCGCCCAUGUCCGCCGACCGGGUGGUCGCUUUUAUGGACCACAUACGGAUCUUCCAAGAGCAAGUGGAGAAGCUCAAGGCGCUGCACGUUGACUCCGCUGAGUACAGCUGCCUCAAGGCCAUAGUCCUGUUCACCUCAGAUGCCUGUGGUCUCUCUGAUGUAGCCCAUGUGGAAAGCUUGCAGGAAAAGUCCCAGUGUGCUUUGGAAGAAUACGUUAGGAGCCAGUACCCCAACCAGCCAACGCGAUUCGGAAAGCUUUUGCUUCGUCUCCCUUCCCUCCGCACCGUCUCCUCCUCAGUCAUAGAGCAAUUGUUUUUCGUCCGUUUGGUAGGUAAAACCCCCAUCGAAACCCUCAUCCGGGAUAUGUUACUAUCCGGGAGUAGUUUUAACUGGCCGUAUAUGGCAAUUCAAUAAAUAAAUCAAAAUAAGAAGGGGGAGCGAAACAGAGAGAAAGAAAAGGCAAAAGACUGGUUUGUUUGCUUAAAUUCCUUCUGUAAGGAAGGAUGUAAAAGGAUGUUACAAGUUUGCUAAAAGAAGAGAGGGGAAGAAUUUAAUGGACUGUGAAUUUCAAAAAAAUUAAAAGACUGUCAAAUGAACUUUUACAGAAUGCAUUAAAAAAAAAACUCCUGUGUCGGUCAGAACAACUUGCUACUUAUCAUUUUUGUAUAAAAAGGAAAUUAGUCUUUUUUCUUUUUUUGGUAAAUUUUUGAAAAAUAUUGCUAAAAGUGCAUUUAAGGAGAUUGGGAGAAAAUUAGCAGAAUGGAGAAAGUAAGUCUUUUUUUUUUUCCAAAUUAUUAAUUGUCCUGUGUCUAUGUACCUCUAGCUGUUCUUUUUUGUACUUUCCUGGUUCCAAACCAGUUUAUUCUGUGGUUCUUUAAUAAGUUUUGAUAUAAUCUUGGCUUCUUAAAAACUGUGUAUCCUUAAAAUAUAUGUUCUGCAAGAAUUAAAACUGAGUCCAUGAAAAUAUCAUAGGAAGACAUAAAACUUUAGAAGGCAACUCACAGAUGAUGGAAACGCACUUACAAGUGGUGACCAAAAAAUUUAGGUGAAGUUGAGCUCUCUAAUUUGAGAACUGGAGGAACCACAUUACAACACUUAACUCCCCCUACCUGCCCCCCAAAAAGACACCAUGACAAACCUAGCUUUUUAAAAAAUAUUUUAAGAAAGAGAAUGAACUGUGGAAUUUAUUGGCAGCCAAGGAAUGUGUCCAAGACACACGCUGAGGUUUUGAAUAAAAAGUGAACUUUUGUAAUUUGAAUUGGGUCCCGCUUAGUUCUUGAAUUGUUAUGAAAAUCCUAUAUCUGUUUGUAUAUUUGCAAACCCUUUGUAUUAUAAUUGUUGAUAUUGUCCCUUUUUAAAAAAUACCAUUGAAAUCAGCAUGACAAAAUAACACUGUUGGCACUUAUAGGUAAUGUGAUUGAUUCAGUAUCUUAGAGUUUACAGUUUGUGUUUUAAAAAAAACUGAAGGUUUUUUUUUUAAGUGCAACAUUUCUGUAUACUGUAAAAGUUAUAAUAACUGAACUGUUUGGUCGAGUCUUUGUGUGUUAUAUUCCAAGGAAAAUUGAAAGUAUUCAGAAAUUAAAAUAUUAUUUGAUAUCUGAAA